AUGCGUCAACAAGAUUGUUCGGGCUCCAAGUUGAUAAGGACUAGUACCUUGUCAUCGGAGUUCAUCCGAAACAACCUAGAUGUCAUCAAUACCACUGUUGAUUUGAAUGUGAGCGAUAAAAUAAACCAAAUGUCCGACAACUGGACCAGAGAAGAAGAGAUGCAAGGCCGGAGGCUUGUGAAACUAACGGUCACUAACGAAUCUAUGUCCAAGUUUUGUGUAAGUGCGGAUGCUGUCAGCCCCGCCGAUUAUAAUCCCAGAGAUUUGGUUGUGUCAUGCAUCAGGUGGGCAGAGAAAAACGUGGAUGUGGUGACUUCGGUCGACAUCAUCGUUGUGCUUGAGUACUUUGUGGGCCAAGCGUUUUCCAUCGAGGAAAAGAGUCGAAUACGCCGAAACUUGCAGUUUUUGAAACCCUUCACCAUCACCAAGACCAACGAAGACAGCAAAAGACUAUUCAACGCUAUCAUGGCCAUGGAAAACCCAAGACCGCGCAACAUCGAAAAGGACUUGAAGGUUUUCAAGUGGGCCGACUUGUUUGUUGCUGUGUCGAAGGUGCUUUCGCAAUACUCGCCCAACCCGAACCGUGAAGGUCUGGGAGUGGAAACUUCUGUCCCAGUGAACGGCACUUACAACACCAACGGCACCAACGGCACCAACGGGUUUGCCGUGGAAAACGGCAAGCUUCCGUCGCAGGAAGGAGUCGGCAUCAAAGCGAACGGCGUUUCCAGCUCGGAAUCGCCCGACGACAAAAACCCCAAUCUUGAGUGGCUGUCCCUGGUCACUCGGUAUCCCCUACGUGGGCCAAGCCCCCAUUAUCCCAAUAUCCAACAGCUCUUCGAAGCUGUGCCCAGCCUCCGUGCGAGUUGUCCCCAGUCCGCUGACUAUGUCUUCACAGGAGUGCCGCCGUCCUUUCGAGCCUAUGGAGGAGCUGCGAGUUUUCGCCAACGACGGGUUGCCUGUUUAUAA